CACAAUACGAGGGCCCGCUGCUCCCGAAUAAUAUUACGAGUUGUUAAACCUUUAAGACACCAGAGCGCGCGAAUAGCGAAGAACUAGGGAGCACUCCUCUGCUCUCUUCUUAUAUGAAAAGACAUGCAGCGGUAACCCACGCGUGGCUAAACUUUAAACACUCGCGUGGGAAUUUUAAAGGGCGUCAAAACGUGUUCUCGCGGGGUUUGUUUCUGCCAGGAUGACGGCUAAAACUCUGGAGAAGGUGCCGAUGAGUCUCGGGGGGUUCGAGAACGUGUACUCCGUGGAUGACAUCGCCGGCGGCAUGCCCCCGUCAGUUGCAAUUUUUCCCAACUCUGAAAUGGGACCAAAUUACGACCAGAUCAAUGUAGCGGCAGAUCCCCUAAUGGGUGCGGAGAUGAGUACAGAGAGGCGUUCUCUGGACCUGUCAUCUUACUCCGGCGGUUUCUCUCAACCUUCCUCACACCGCAACCAGACCUUCACCUACAUGGGGAAGUUCUCCAUCGACUCCCAGUAUCCCGCAAACUGGAACCCCGAGGGAGUCAUCAACAUCGUCUCGGGAAUUUUCAACGUCGCCCAUCCUCCUCCUCCUCCUCCUCCAUCCACUUCAUCGUCCUCUUCUCCGGCUUCCUCUGGUUCUCCCUGUCACUUUUCAAGCAGAAAUUUGAGUUGCACCAUGGCCGCGGCCCAUCAGAACCAAGUUGAGAUCGAGCAUCAUCAGCUGUACUCUCCUCCACCGCCGUAUUCCGCUGCCGCCUGCGCAGAAGUGUAUCAGGAUCCUUCGGCGUUUCUUUCCACAUCCACCUGCCACAUCGCCUCUUACCCGCCCCCUUCGUACUCGUCCCCCAAGCAGCACAGCGGCCAAGACGUUCCGGGGCUCUUCCCAAUGAUCCCCGACUACCCUGGUUUCUUCCAGCCGGCUUGUCAGCGAGACAUGCACGCUCCAAGUAUCCCAGAUCGGAAACCCUUCGGCCCGUGUUCCCUCGAUACAUUCCGCGUCCCUCCACCUUUGACCCCGCUGAACACGAUCAGAAAUUACACGCUGGGCGGUCCGAGCACCGAGGGGGGAACCCCGGCGCGGCUCCCUUCCGCAUACAGCCCCCAGAAUCUCCCACUGAGGCCCAUCCUGCGACCCAGAAAGUAUCCGAACAGACCCAGCAAGACGCCGAUCCACGAGCGCCCGUACCCGUGUCCGGCGGAGGGUUGCGAUCGGCGCUUCUCCCGCUCCGACGAGCUCACCAGACACAUUCGCAUCCACACCGGACAUAAACCAUUCCAAUGCAGGAUUUGCAUGCGGAACUUCAGCCGCAGCGAUCACCUCACCACUCACAUCCGCACGCACACGGGGGAGAAGCCGUUCGCCUGCGACUUCUGUGGGCGCAAGUUCGCCAGGAGCGACGAGAGGAAGAGGCAUACGAAAAUCCACCUGAGACAAAAGGAAAGGAAGUCCUCCGCUGUGUCCGCGUCGUCCUCUUCCGCGUCCAUCGGAACCGCUUUAGAGCGCUCGAGCAGCAUCGGCGCAACCAACGGGAUUUGUGCCUAAUUUGGGACACGUUUACCGGUACUGACCCAACUCAUUUUUUUUAAAACCUUACGAACUGACGGUUGACGAAUUUGCACGCGAGCGGCUGAGAAUUGUCGCAUAAAUGCGCUCAACCACUCUUCAAAAUGACUUAAGUCAUAAACGCACUUUGUCAGCAUAGUCUACUGAACAUACAUUGUUAACAAAGGCGGUUGUUUUAUAUGUAUAUGCGUGUUGGGGAGGGGGGGGGAGAGAAUUUCAUGACAAAUAACUGCAAUAACAUUUCUAAAGUAAAUCGUCCUGUCACGUUCCGUAUUUGACAGCAGGGGGCAGGCGUUGUCGCUUGCCGACUGCACACCUGCCACCAUUUAUCGGUGAUUGCACCUGCUAUAUAUCAGUCGACUCACUGCCGGAGAAAUCCACGCCGUGCCAUUGUUAUUCCCUAGUCCUUCUCGGUUAAACGCUUUUUUUCACAAUUGUUAAAUCGGUGUUAAAUCCUAACACGCAUUUCCCGUUGUGCCUUGUAUGUUUUGAAUUUUAGGGACUCUAAUGUAGUGUAUAUUUUGUUCUUAUGUAAACUUGGGAGACAUAUCUAUUCUAUUUUUGUAUUCAUCUCGUCUCGUGUCAUGCUAAGUGGAAUGGCAUCAUAGCCUAUUAAUACGCGUCGUUCACUUGUAAAACAAUAAUGUAGUGUACAGACAAAAUUUACAUGCUUGUUGUGAGAUUUAUUAAAUGGAUGCAAAGCA